AUGAAGCGUCGAAAUAAUGAUUCUACAUUAUCAAAUGAUAUCGAUAAAAAUUCUGUUUUUCGUAUGUUAAUGUAUAGUACUAAAGAAUAUGAUAAAUUAUCAUUUGAUGCUAAACUUAAAGAUUUAAAACAACCCGAAAAAUAUGAAAUCAGCUAUACUCAUAAUCGUCUUUCAAAAGAUUCUGUUAAACAAGCUUCUGGUUAUGCAUGCAUUUGUAUUUUUGUUAACGAUGAUGGAUCACGUCAAAACCUUGAAAAAUUAAAACAUAUUGGUAUUAAACUUAUUCUAUUACGUUGUGCUGGCUUUAAUAAUGUUGAUUUAAAAGCAGCUGAAGAAUUCGAUAUAGAAAUAGGUUACGUACCUGGUUAUUCACCAAAUGCUGUAGCUGAACAUGCGGCUGCACUUGUUAUGACUCUGAAUCGUCAUUUACAUCAUGCAUAUAAUCGAGUUCGAAAUGGAAAUUUUCGACUUGAUGGUCUUGUUGGAUUUGAUAUGAAUGGAAAAACUGUAGGAGUACUUGGUCGCAUCGGUCAAUUUACUAUUCGAAUUUUUCGUGGUUUUGGUUGUCGAGUUCUUGCAUACGAUAUAUAUAAAAUAAAAGAUGAAGAUCGAAAUGCAUUAGGUUUUGAAUAUGUUGAAUUAGAUGAUAUUUAUGCACAAGCUGAUAUUAUUUCAAUUCAUUUACCACUUGAUCAUAAAACUAAACAUUUAAUUAAUGCACAAUCAAUACAAAAAAUGAAGAAAGGUGUUAUUUUAAUAAAUACAGCUCGUGGUGGUCUUAUUGAUACAAGGGCACUUAUUGAUGCACUAAAAUCUGGUCAAGUAGGUGGAGCAGGUCUUGAUGUAUAUGAACAUGAACAAAAAUAUUUUUUCAAUGAUUUUUCAUCAAAUAUUGUUGAUGAUGAUAUACUUAUUCAAUUGAUGUCCUAUCCAAAUGUUAUUCUUACUGCUCAUCAAGCUUUUCUUACACAUGAAGCAUUAUGUUCAAUAGCUAAGGUGACGUUUGAAAAUAUGCAUGCAUUUAUUACCAAUGGAAAACCUUUGAACACACCAAAGAUGUGA